AGAACUACACCAGCUGACCAUGAUUGAAGACAAUAAGGAAAAUAAAGACCAUUCCUUAGAAAAAGGAAGAGCAACUCUCAUUUUUUCCUUGAAGAAUGAAGUUGGUGGACUUAUAAAAGCACUGAAAAUCUUCCAGGAGAAGCAUGUGAACCUGUUACAUAUUGAGUCCCGAAAAUCAAAGAGAAGAAACUCAGAAUUUGAGAUUUUUGUUGACUGUGAUAUCAACAGAGAACAAUUGAAUGACAUUUUUCAUCUGUUGAAGUCCCAUACUAACGUUCUCUCUGUGAAUCCACCAGACAAUUUUACUGUGAAGGAAGAUGGUAUGGAAACUGUUCCUUGGUUUCCAAAGAAGAUUUCUGACCUGGACCAUUGUGCCAACAGAGUUCUGAUGUAUGGUUCUGAACUGGAUGCAGAUCAUCCUGGCUUCAAAGACAAUGUCUACCGUAAAAGACGGAAGUAUUUUGCAGACUUGGCUAUGAACUAUAAACAUGGAGACCCCAUUCCCAAGGUUGAAUUCACUGAAGGGGAGAUUAAGACCUGGGGAACUGUGUUCCAAGAGCUCAACAAACUUUACCCAACCCAUGCCUGCAGAGAGUAUCUCAAAAACUUACCUUUGCUUUCUAAAUAUUGUGGAUACCGGGAAGAUAAUAUCCCACAAUUGGAAGAUGUCUCAAACUUUUUAAAAGAGCGCACGGGUUUUUCCAUCCGUCCCGUGGCUGGUUACUUAUCACCAAGAGAUUUCUUAUCAGGUUUAGCCUUCCGGGUUUUUCACUGCACACAGUACGUGAGACACAGUUCAGACCCUCUCUAUACCCCAGAGCCAGAUACUUGCCAUGAACUCUUAGGUCAUGUCCCCCUUUUGGCUGAACCUAGUUUUGCGCAAUUCUCCCAAGAAAUUGGCCUGGCUUCCCUUGGAGCUUCAGAGGAGGCUGUUCAAAAACUGGCAACGUGCUACUUUUUCACUGUGGAGUUUGGUCUCUGUAAACAAGACGGGCAGUUGCGAGUCUUUGGUGCUGGAUUACUUUCUUCUAUCAGUGAACUGAAGCAUUCACUUUCUGGACAUGCCAAAGUAAAGCCCUUUGAUCCCAAGAUUACCUGCAAACAGGAGUGUCUCAUCACAACUUUUCAGGAUGUCUACUUUGUAUCUGAAAGCUUUGAAGAUGCAAAGGAGAAGAUGAGAGAAUUUACCAAAACAAUUAAGCGUCCAUUUGGAGUGAAGUAUAAUCCAUACACACGGAGCAUUCAGAUCUUGAAAGACACCAAGAGCAUAACCAGCGCCAUGAAUGAGCUGCAGCAUGAUCUCGAUGUUGUCAGUGAUGCCCUUGCGAAGGUCAGCAGACAGCCAAGCAUCUGAUGCUGAGAGUGUCUGAGUGUCAAUUCAGAGGCCUGUGGGUCAGCUCCUGCUUUUCUUGAAGACCUGGUUGUGGAGGGACAACCUCCAAACAAUAUUCUCCACUCCUAUUCCUUAAUUAGUCCUUUGGAAAUUUGUGCCUGACUACUGUAUACCACUACCUAUUAUUUUUUUGGUAACAGCUUUAGUGAAAUAUGAUUCAUAUACCAUACAAUUCACUGACCACUCAUUUUUUAUAGAGAAUUUUUUUGACCCUAGAGAUAGAUCUAAUACUGGCUUGAUUCUCUUUUCCCUAAUCCUUCUUGAAUAAAAUGACUUUUAUGAUCACUUAAAAUGCCUGGAUGGGUAUCAUGGAGCUAACCCAUACUAUUACCUAAGAUCCUCUUAUUUCUAAAGUAUCUUACUUAU